CUUUUUGAAGUAGGAGAUAGCACCGUGCUUACCAGUGGGUACGGUAAAUUAAUUUUUGGAAAAGGGACUCAACUUUCUGUAAUACCCAAGAUUGAAAAUACUAGGCCUUCUCUAUACCAUCUAAAAGCAGAUGAGCAAACUGAUGAAACGCCAAAGGCUGUCUGUUUGGCAACUGACUUCCCAUCUCCUGAUGGAGAAAUUACAGCACAUGUAAACACCAAAGAAAAGAAUUUGACUGGUUCGUUAAUGCUGGAUGGAUCUAAUAAACUUUGGAGAUAUGGUGCAGUUUUGUGGGAUGAAGAUGAUCUAUCAAAACAGCUUGAGUGCAAGCUACAAUACAAUAAUGACAAAAUAGAAACAGAGAAAUACACAGAUAUUGAGCCUCAUACAUGCUCGUUAAGUGAGCAGGAUUUUAUAACAGAUGAAAGGAUUAACAAAGCAUCCCUUACUGUACUCGGGCUGAGGGUCUUAACAGCCAAAGCCAUAGUAUUCAACAUGAUCAUUACCCUAAAACUCUGGUCAUUUUAAGGUUAUGAUCUCUUGAACUGCAGAAUCAAUGAUCAUGCACAAAGCUAUUUUUCAAAAAUAUAUGUUUAUUAUUAUAUACUUGAUUUCCAUUUAAUAUGUUUUUUUUUUCACUUGCAUCUACAUACAUAUGUACAUAUCUACAUAUCAUGAUAGUGCUGUACUGAUUAGUGAUCAUACUAUAUGCAUGUUAUAGAAUGCACAUGCCUGCAUUGACUACUGAUUAGAUUUAAAUCAUAUAAUUUUAUCACAUGCGUGUAUCAAUGCAUGUAUUUACCAGUUAUCUCUCUAUGCUGAAGCUAAAUAUAUUUCAGACUACAUGUCUAUCAUAAGUAUUUUAUUCUAAACAUUACAUUUCUUUUGAAAUAUUAAACUAAUGUGGUUGCUAGAGCAAGUAAUCAAGUUUAGCCAUCUUGCUGAGUUUUAUUAAAACUGUCUGUGAUGCAAUUAUUUGUAAAUGUGUGUUAAGUUUUAAAUAGAUCUUCAUUGAUGUAAUACAUUUUAGCAUGUUAAUAAACUUAUCAAAUAAACAUAAGUGAAUGAUUUGUUAA